AAAUGUCCGCUCUCAGCUGAAAGGUGUUUGCCACGCAGUACUGGCGUUACUGACGUGACUUAAGGCCCGAAAUCACUCGCGGCGAUUUCAACUGCACAUUUAGCUGACCUACUUUAUCCAAGAUUCUGCGAGUGCCGCAUGUCGACCGUCAAGCGUGCGUCAAGUAUGGAUAGUACGGGGUACGAUUCGUCGGCUAGCACACAGUCGAAUCAGUCGUCAGCGUCGACGCUUCGGGGCACGUUCUACGCCGUCUACCUUUACACAAACAGUCCCAAAACGCAGCUGCUGCAACAGCAGUCGGGAACCGAAACUUCGGCCGUCGAAGCAUCGGAGAAACCUGCCGCUGUGAAACCACCGAAGUCUCAAACAAAGGAAAGCCUCUCCUUGCUUGCCACUGACCUUGGAGCAGUCGCUGAGACGGAUCUUCGAUGCUUUCUCAUCAAGAAAGUGACCCGAGACCUGCAGGACACAAGGGGCAAUGUUGACCCAAUGGAAAUGACUUUAGGCGAAAAGGCCACGACCACUGCAAUGUGUUUCCACCAGGCUUUCAUGAAGGAGGCUUCAGACCCUGAGAAGAAAGAGCAACAGGCAUACGUCUUGUGCUUUAUCGCCCCUGACGACGGAACCUUGGACUUGUACUGCACAGACCUCGAACGCUUCGGAAAAUCGCUGCUACCACUGCUAACCGAUUCGGAAAUCGACUUCAAGUCAGCAUUGACCAGCUCGCUGGAGGAGUGGCACUAUAUCGCCGUCUUGUACAUGAGUCGCUGCGUGGAGUCCUUUGCUGAGAACAUUGCGGUUCUCCUGCAAGCGGCCUUAAACGAGGCUUCAUUCAAAGUGACAACGGAGAACUCGCGGGACAAAAGUGAUGUCGAGAAGUUUAUGGAAGCAUGCAACCUUCAUGGGCUAGAAGGCCAUAAACGAGACCACGAGGAAACUGACAACGAAUGUCAUCCCCAAGCUGCCAUCGAAAUCAUCUCUGAAGAUGACCGCCUCCUCACUCGAAAUGGAGAGGCCUCACCAUUCUGCCAGUGUUGGGCUGCUCGGCUAGUCAAGUCCAGAGACGACGGACCACUGAUUCUUCGGCGCAUUGUUGAGGGAUUCAAGAUUCGUACCAUCCAGAACCUGAACCUUGUGAAGCGACUUGUAAAAGAGGCAGAAAACGACCACUAUGCCCUGUUCAACACAUACCAGUUCCUGAAGAAGUGCGGCUACUGGGAAGCCUUGCUUCAGCGAGCCAUCAACGAAGGCUCGGUUGUGGCCACGCCCGAAGGCCGAGAGGUCAUUGAACUUUUACAGGAAAGGCUGGCAGCCAAUGCCCUUGCUGGAAGCCAAGUGCCUGUCAGGAAUUCUGCCUGACGUGUUCCCGCUCAAGAAUAAAUGUUUGUUCUGGGUUUAAGCAUUAGCCCUAAACAUCAACACAAGGACCCUUACAGCCAUGAAUGUAAAGCUCUCACUUGUUUUGUGCUGCACAAGGUAGAGAAUAAGCAGUGUAAAUCUGCAGUGAACGGAUGUUUACGGGACAAAUCUGUUGUAUUAAGCAGUUGGUUGUUCUUGUUGAAGUAGCUACAGCGCAAAAAGAAAAAAAAAGGCAGGCAGAAGAGACAAAGUGCUAAGAGAAAUUUAUUUACAAGAUACAACAGAUUAAAUGGAGGCAUGACAAAGAAACAACAAUAAAAACAAAACAAUUGCCUUCAUCAUCUAUGACUAUUCAGUAUAAGACAAGAGUUCUUUUUUUGGUGAGAGCAGCAGAUGUCACACUCGUAGAUUGUGGACCAAAUCUGGCAAUUAUUUUUGUGGUUUUAUUGCCUCUUCAUUGUUAUGUAUCUUUCAUGGUGCAUUGUAUCCCUUCAAUAAACUUGAGUUGUUAGUCAGCACUGCAACUAUUUCAACUUGCA